AGUUUCAUUUCUACAAAGGUUGACACUAUAAACCAAGAAAUAAUACCUUCCGCACAUCUGCCAAAGAAAGAUUAAAACGAUCCGCUGCCAAAUUUAUACAACACAAUGCACACUAAUAUGAAACAACUCGAAGAGAAUCACAAAUCGACCAUUUAUCCCGUCGCUUACGUAACAAAGGAAAUUUGCUAAGGUUAAUGACGUCGGGAGAAUAAAAAGAAUUUUCGAAAGGAGCUCUUCCCGAGGAGCGUGUCAGGCCUGAUUCGUCGAGCCUGAUUCAAGCCUCGAUCAUGCGUUCUUGAAGAAUGCACGCGAGACUCUCCUGGUCCAGCGGCUGAACCACCGAAUGGAAGGAUGUUUCAUCCGGUGUUCUGACUGCCUAUGGAUAUAUUCGGCCGUUGCAACGGCGGCGGCAGCGGAAGCACGGUAGCCGGAAACGGUGCUGGCUCAGUAAGGACCUCCAGUAACGAAUCCGCGGGUGGUGGCGGCACGUCGAGCGGUACCAGCGAGAGCGGCAGCAGUGCAAGCGGCAGGAUGCAGUUGACAGGAGCGUCGGCUCCUGGUGCGGCCGCUUCGCCGGAGUCGGGCGUCUCUCCGUUGACCGACGCCUACACCAAGAUGACCAGUGACAUCCUUGCUGAGAGAACUCUGGGUGACUUUGUCAGCGAACAUCCCGGCGAGUUAGUUAGAACAGGCUCGCCGCAUUUGGUCUGUACCGUUCUACCCGCACACUGGAGGUCUAAUAAAACUCUUCCGGUGGCUUUCAAAGUUGUAGCUCUCGGCGAGGUAGGCGACGGUACCUUGGUGACCGUACGCGCUGGCAAUGAUGAGAAUUGUUGCGCUGAGCUUAGAAAUUCGACGGCUUUGAUGAAGAAUCAGGUCGCCAAGUUUAACGAUUUGAGGUUCGUCGGCAGAAGCGGAAGGGGCAAGAGUUUCACCUUAACGAUAACGGUGUCGACGACGCCGCCUCAAGUCGCCACUUAUACCAAGGCGAUUAAGGUGACAGUAGACGGGCCGCGCGAGCCGCGAUCCAAGACCAGGCAGCAACAACAGUUUCAUGCCUUUGCGUUCGCCUCGCAACGAGGCGGUCCAUUCUUCGCCUCGCCCCUGGUGGACCCGUUGCAACCUCUGCCAAAUCCGUUGCAACCGUUACCGAAUCCGCUCCAGCCGAGGGAUCCGUUGUCUUCUUUUAGACACGCGAUGCCUGGUAAUUGUCAGAAUAUGUCCCAGUUUGGCCUGACAGCGAGCAAUUCUUGGGGAUACGGUAGCACGGCCGGCUACGCCGGCUACCUUCCGGGUCCCCUUUCGUCGUGCGCCGCACAGGCCUCGUUUCCACCCCCGCCGCCACCCCCUCCGCCACCACCGCCGUCGUCCACGCUGGCAUCUUUCGCCGGCACGGCCUCCAUGACUACGCCGACUGCACCGGAUUCGACGGCGGGUUCGACUGUCACAUCCGGCACCGGUAAUACCGGCACCACGUCGCAGCAGGACGCUUUUUCCGCGGUCUCCUCUCUCGUACCGGAUACCACGACACCGGGUCAGUCCGAUCCAUUGGAUCCACUGAGCAGCCUCAUGUCCGGUGGCUCUUCCAGUCAGAGAUAUCAGGACUACGUGUCGCCCAGAUCACUGUCCACUGACUCUAGCACAACCGAGAGCCCGGUACACGAGGAACAGGGCUUUGGGCAGAAUUACGGCAACUACUUUCCAACGCCCGGUGUGCUUCCCAGCAUCCUCUACUCCCAGCUCUACGGGAAUCAGUUCCAGAAUCCCGAGAGCGCCGAGCAGAGGGCCGUCGCGGAUAGUUGCAGCGUGAGGCAAGAGGAAGUCAGACCGGAUAACAACGUCUGGAGACCGUACUGAGAGACAGAAGCGAGCGAUUUCUUAUCUAACAAUUCGACUAUCGAGAAAUGUGGCAACUCCUGGAAGACAAGAGGGAAGUAACGCUUAACUGAUCCGCUCUUGAGGCUAUCGGCUAUUGUGACAUCGAUGAUUGUAAUGUGACGUGGUGAUUCUUUGAGAACUAUCCAAGUGUCGAGGACGAUUCUCGAUAGCGAAUUAGCACUAGUGGGCAUUAAAACUUGAUCCGGAAAGGUACUCGAGGAGCGAGUCCGUUCGUCGAGCGGGACGUUCUUUCCGGAAAGCUUUGGGAAAUAAAAAAAAAAUUGUUUUACCGGUUGUGCGUCUCACGCCAAUGAAUUUUAGGGGUGCAAAUGAGCGAAGGGAGAUUUGUAAUUAAGUGAGAACGAAUUGCGUACGAAAGAGCGAGCGCGGGUGUGAAAAUGGUGAUGACGAUUACAAUAAUGAUAUCCGCAAGAUGUAUAUACGUGUACAUAAAGCUAGAACAUUGUCGUUUCAUCGAAUCAUUAUUCGCCGUCGUUUUGAGCGAUGCGAUUUAGUUUCAUCGAUUACGUUUUCAUAGUAUAUAAUUGCGAACGACUGCUGCGGGAUCGUGCAAUAUCGUCGAGUCACUGACGGUGGCGAUUGGCUUCCUUUCUUUUUUGUAAAUACAUAUGUAUCUUCAAGGUUGCGCGUUUGGUUUCCCUUCGACCCGCAUUUUCCUUUAAGAAAAAAAGACCAUCUUUCGGAUUGAAGAAAUCUGGCUCCACGCUUUCGGCGAGAACCCUUUUUGCAGCGACCCUGAGAAAUCGACUGAUUCGCGAAAGGCUAUCACGUGUGUGGUCACGUUCGGGUCGAGCCGAUGAUAAAAUCGAAUGGGUUUCAAUUCGCGUGAGAGGUGAAAAAGUUUUUCUUGUCGCGUGAAAAUGUCGUCGCGGAGAGCGCGCGAGCGGCCGAAAUGCUCGCAAGCAUUCAACGAACGUAUGAACGAACGUGCCGGAAUCGAAGAUCUUACAUCGAAAUUUCUGCCAAAGAAACGAAAGCCCGUGGAACAACUCGCAAAAUAGCUUUGCGAGAAGCACCGCGCCGCGCCGGCGAGAAGCUUAUCCGUUUUUGUAAACCGGCGACGGGCACUCUGCGUUUCCAAAAAUGAUUUCCGAUAUACAUAUCU